AUAAUAAACAAAGCGGUAGUCGCGACCAGAGUGAUGUGAUGUCCAUUGUCCUGGCCGGUAUUUUCACAUAUUUAUACAAAAGAAAUUAAAUGGUCAAAAUGUUUACUUCUAAGUUUGUUUCAUCUCUUUUUAUGGUGCUCUGUGCGAUCAGUGGAGGCUCUUUGAAACAAAUACCGGACUACAUCGAAGUCUGCAAGCGGGACCAGAGCACCAUCAACGAGUGCGUGCUGAAGUCCAUCGAGAAGAUCCGGCCCAAGCUGGCAGAGGGCAUCCCCGAGCUGCAGGUGCCCACCAUCGAGCCCUUCGUCAUACCGCAGAUAGUGGUGGACAGCGGCAACGUGGUGCAGUUCGUGGCCAUCGGACAAGAUGUGAAGGUGUCGGGAGCCUCCAACUUCACCAUUAAGAACAUAGACGUGGACCUGGACACGUUCACGAUCCGCGGCCGGGUGCGCUUCCCGCGGCUGCACUUCGACGGGCGCUACACGCUGGACGCACGAGUACUGGUGCUGCCGCUCAAGGGACAGGGCAACAUCCUCGCCGACGCGGUGAAAUGCGAUGCGGAGAUCGUGAUCAAGUCCAAGUUCAUCGAGAAGGACGGCCAGGACUACAUCCAGUUCGACAAGCUGAACAUGGACAUCACCGUGCGCGACUACCGGGUCAAGCUGGACGGGCUCUUCAAUGGAGAUAAGACCCUGGGUGACGCAGCCAACGAGGCUAUCAACCAGAACCGCGGGGAGUUCCUGAAGGCCUCCAAGCCCUACGUGGAGAAGACAGCGUCCAAGAUCCUCCUGGAGACAGCCAACAAGAUCGCAUCCACCUUCCCCAUUGAUGACCUUCUUCCGAACCCUUAACGACCUUUAAAUCCACAGGAUAAAGCCUAUUAGGGACUUGUGAUUGCUUGUUUUGUCCUUUGGAAUAGCAUGUGUGCUGAAUACUUAGAUUAAGUUGUUUAUCGGAGUUGUAAUGAUGGAUCCUAAAACUGUUGUAAAGGAUAGAAUGUUGACGAAUUUCCACUGAUGGAACGAUUGCCCUACGACACCAACAUAUAGUUCAGCUUUAAGGUAAGCGUCAACCUAUCGUGUCGCACCAAACAGAUUGUCAUAAAUGUAUAGAGAAACGGCAUCAGCAAUGCCGAUGAAGUGAACUUAAUUAUUUUAAUUUAUGCGUCGUUGCGUAUGAUAUGGAUAGGUGGAUGCUUAUCUUUACUCCUAUACAGUGGCGCUCAAAAUUUUAUAAAGUGUAGGUACGUUAAGAAUGUAAGUACUUGUAAUAUAAGACAGGCUCGAUCAAAGCUUUUGUGAUAUUAAUUAUAUUUGUACGAGUUUUUUAAACUAAUGGGUAGGAAAACAAACAAUGGUCCUUGACUUAAAUGAUACAUUUAAAUAAAUAAGCAAUACAAAUAGGAUGACAUGCAGUAGUCAAGUGUAAUGUGAAACAUGUGUAGAAUAGUAGAGCAGCAGCGGCCACGAUUCAUUAACAUACAGGGUGAUUCGUAGUAAACCUACGAGUAGUUCUAAGAAUGAUUUGACAUA